AUGUUUUACCACCCUCUCCAUCCAUUUCAUCCCUUGUCAGCUAUAAAAUGGAGUUAUUACUCUGUUUUGUAUUGUGAUUCAUGUGACCGACAACUUGUAUUUGAUGACGCUUAUCGGUGCGAGCCAUGUAAGUUCACUAUUUGCAGUGAGUGUGCUGACGCGGAGAGAGCUAGGGAUAAAGCUGCAUCCGCACUCAAGGAAGAGUCGAUAAGCAAGUUCACACAUGAAGGUCACAACCCACAACACACUUUACUCUUCCAUUCAAAACCUGCUGCCUUCCUCUGUAAUGCCUGCCAAACUGAAAAGAAAGACUGGUUUUAUCAUUGUGAUCACUGUGACGACUUUUUGAUCCACAUGUCGUGUGCUACGUUAUCAACUGCAAUCGAGCGACCACAUUACCAUCGUCACCCUCUCUCACUUGUUUAUUCACUCCCAGAGAAGUUCUACAAUUUCAAAUACAUGUGCGACGUGUGCAAAAAAAGAGUCAUGCAACCCGAAUGGACAUAUCAUUGUUCAAACUGUAGAUAUUUUAUCCACAUUAAGUGCCUCCCAAAUCCAGACCAACUACCAUCCACUCCAAGACUUGUUGAAGAAGUGACAAAUGAUAGUGGCAUUCUCCAUGUUCCCAUGUCACACGCAUUCACGGAUCCACUGAAACUGCGGUUUCAUUCGGCAAAUAAUAAUAAUACUACUAUAGCAGCAGCAGGUGGUGGUGGUGAUGAUGACAAACAAUCACAAGAAAUUAUUAACCACUGGAGUCAUCAUCAUCCAUUAUCCCUUACAGCAGCAGAUAAGAAUAACAUGAUGCCUACUGAUGGCAGUAGUAGUACCGAUAAUCCGAUGAUAACGGUAUGCCAUUGUUGUGUGCGACCCCUACUGUCCUCGUCUCCAUACUAUAGUUGCAGCAAGCAGCAGGAUGGGUGUUCAUUCAGCCUCCACAAAUAUUGUGCUGAGUUACCACGCACGUUUCAACAACAUCCACUACACCGGGAGGAUCAUUCCCUUCAGUUGGUAAUAAACCUUAACACACAGUCAACUUAUUUUACAUGUAAAGCUUGUAACAAAAGAUGCAACGCAUUUUUGUACAAAUGUGAAACCUGUGAUUUUCGCAUUGAUGUCAACUGUGCAUUCUUACCAAAAAUCAUCAAGCAUGACUACUUCCACAAGCGGCAUCAUCUCGUCCAGCAUAUUGGCCCUAGCUGGAUUAGUCGAUGUACAAUAUGUGAUCUAAACUUCAAUGGUCGGGUUGGCUAUAAAUGUGAUGAUGCUAAUUGUAACUUUCGACUAGACUUGCAUUGUGCACUUAAAUCGCCACGCUCACUUCCUCAUCGGUAUUGCAAAGGGGGACAUGAAGUCCCGUUGAUGUGUCCCCCUAUCGACGAUCAUCCUGAUGAUUUCUAUUGCGACAUCUGUGAGGAAGAAAUGCACCCCUUAAUCCCACUCUAUUAUUGUGGCACAUGCAAAAACUCCUUUCACGUUCGUUGCCUUAGUAGAGAUUAUGUGUAUGAAAACUGGUUGGAGGAGGGAACCGAUGUAAGUGUUCCCGAUCAUCAUCACCAUCCGUUAACAUACGUUAGAAGAAAGAAACCGCCAAAAGAGGUAUGCUUUGGUUGUAAUGGUGACAUUAAUGGUUUUUUAUUCCUUGAGUGUCGGACUGGAAACUGCACUUACUGUUUAUGUCUCGAGUGUCUGCGAAUAUAG